AUGGCUGCCGUCGCCGUGAGCGCCGGCCUGUCGCUGCCCGCCGUCCGCCUGACUGACUUGAACGAGGAAACGGCCCGGACCUUUUCCUCCCCGAGGGUACGUAGAAGCCCGGCCGACUUCGCGGCGCGCCGGCGUGCGGAGGCCGAAGGGCUUUGUGGCUUUGAAGCC